AUGGAAUAUUUUGAAACAAAUCCACAAGAUAUAAAUAGUAUAGAAGAUGAAGAAGAAGAAGAUGAGAUUGGAAUAGAUAGAAUAGAAGAAAUGAUAGAAGAUAAAUUAUCAGAAAUUAAAGAAGGGAAUAAAAUACAAAAAGUACAUCAUCAAAUCUUCUUUUAUUAUAAUAGUUUGAAUAUAGUAUUAGGGAAACAAGGAACAGGAAAAACAACAUUUAUAAUGAAAGAAUUAAUAAAAAUGAAUCAUAUAGAACAUUUAUAUGGGGCUAUUAUUUAUGUAGCACAAAAUGCAGGAGAAGAUGAAACAUUUAAACAAUUAAAAGAUUUAAUUAAAACACCAAUAUAUGGAAUGAAUUAUGAGAAAUUUAUGCCAGCAUUAGUGCAAUAUUAUAAACAAGCACGAGAGAAACAUUUAUUAAUUAUAUUAGAAGAU